AUGGCCACGGGGGGCCAUUGCCCUCGCGCCCCGUCCCACCGCCCCGCUCACCGCGGGGACUCGAGUCCGCAGCCACGCACGGAUGGCGGCUCUGGCUGGAGAGCCCGGGGUCUCCUGGGCCAGCGCCCGGGGCUCCACUCGGUCCCGGCCGCCGCCGCCCCCCGUUUCCUGCCACGGACGGGGCGGCCCGGGCUGGCCAAACCCCAGGCGCAGGGGGGUCCUCGGCCCUCGGCUCCCAGCCAGCGUGUGGGGGCGGCCGGGCGGCAGCCCCGGGGCCGGCUGGGCUUAGCACGGAUCUCGGUGGAGACGCGGGCAGCCACACGCCAGGCCGGGCCCUGGAGCCUCCGCGGCCCAGCACGGUCCUGGGGACCAGGGGCCCCUCGAGAGCCAGGAGCGCGGGACACCAGGGUCCCCCCAGGCACCCCCACCACCCGCGAGUUCUCCCGUUGGCGCCUGACGCUGGGAACGCUCAUCGAAGGCUUCCAGAAGUCCUCGCCCCAGAACGCCUCGCCUGGCCAACGAUGCGGGUGUGGGGGUGCCCCAGGGGGCCAGCCCCGUCCUCGGAGGACACCAGGGCCAGCACGACGACGCACGGCUCUGCAGAUCGUCCCCCCGCCUGCCUACCCGUCCCCCCCAGUCCUCAAAGCCCAGGUGCCCCCGCCCCCCGCCCGCCCCUGCACCGAACCUCUUGGAGCGCUUUGGGAAAUGGACAGGAGCCUCGCCCGGAAGGACCGACAGCCGCGGCCUAGAGGAGAGCCGGGCUCCGCGGUGUCCCCGCCCCACAGACCCCACAACCCACAGGGCUGGCUGACGGAUGGCCGACGGGGUCGGCGGGGUCCCCGGUGCUGUCGCUCGCCACCCCCACCGCAUCCGCCGGCCGGCGCGGUGGGGGGCAGCGAGCCGAAGGAGGGCCUUCCCGGCCCUGUGGGGGGCAGCGAGCCGGAGGAGGGCCUUCCCGGCCCUGUGGGGGGCAGCGAGCCGGAGGGGGGACUUCCCGGCCCUGUGGGGGGCAGCGAGCCGGAGGAGGGACUUCCCGGCCCUGUGGGGGGGCAGCGAGCCGGAGGAGGGCCUUCCGGCCCUGUGGGGGGCAGCGAGCCGAGGGGGGACUUCCCGGCCCUGUGGGGGGCAGCGAGCCGGAGGAGGGCCUUCCCGGCCCUGCGCGCUGCGUGCGCCAGCGUCCCCGGGCGGGGGCGCCAGCCCGGCUCGCGGCUCCUCUCGGCCCCGGUCACGGCCCUCGGCGUGGUUUCCGGGCCUCCUCCCCGGAGGCCGAGCGGACCCGGCUCUCGGCACCCACGCGGACGUCCCGAGGAUCCGCCAGGCGAGUCGCUGGGGUCGUGGGGCCGACUGAACGCGGGGGCGGCUCGGGCCCCGCCACGCCCAUCAGACCCCAUCCGGGGCUCGGGCCCCGCCAUGCCCAUCAGACCCCAUCCGGAGCUCGGGCCCCGCCCCGUCCAUCAGACCCCAUCCGGGGCUCGGGGCCCCGCCGCGCCCAUCAGACCCAUCCGGAGCUCGGGCCCCGCCCCGUCCAUCAGACCCCAUCCGGGGCUCGGGCCCCGCCGCGCCCAUCAGACCCCAUCCGGAGCUCGGGCCCCGCCACGCCCAUCAGACCCCAUCCGGGGCUCGGCCCCGCCAUGCCCAUCAGACCCCAUCCGGAGCUCGGGCCCCGCCACGCCCAUCAGACCCCAUCCGGGGCUCGGGCCCCGCCCCGUCCAUCAGACCCCAUCCGGGGCUCGGGCCCCGCCACGCCCAUCAGACCCCAUCCGGGGCUCGGGCCCCGCCAUGCCCAUCAGACCCCAUCCGGAGCUCGGGCCCCGCCACGCCCAUCAGACCCCAUCCGGGGCUCGGGCCCCGCCGCGCCCAUCAGACCCCAUCCGGAGCUCGGGCCCCGCCACGCCCAUCAGACCCCGCCACGCCCAUCAGACCCCGCCACGCCCAUCAGACCCCAUCCGGAGCUCGGGCCCCGCCCCGUCCAUCAGACCCCAUCCGGGGCUCGGGCCCCGCCGCGCCCAUCAGACCCCAUCCGGAGCUCGGGCCCCGCCCCGUCCAUCAGACCCCAUCCGGGGCUCGGGCCCCGCCACGCCCAUCAGACCCCGCCACGCCCAUCAGACCCCGCCACGCCCAUCAGACCCCAUCCGGAGCUCGGGCCCCGCCACGCCCAUCAGACCCCAUCCGGGGCUCGGGCCCCGCCAUGCCCAUCAGACCCCAUCCGGAGCUCGGGCCCCGCCGCGCCCAUCAGACCCCGCCACGCCCCAUCAGACCCCGCCACGCCCAUCAGACCCCAUCCGGAGCUCGGGCCCCGCCACGCCCAUCAGACCCCGCCACGCCCAUCAGACCCCAUCCGGAGCUCGGACGGCCGGGGCUCAGUCAGCAGAGCUGCUCCGAGGCAGCCGCGUGGGCGGCGUGGCGCAGGGCGAUGCCUUGGGGGGGGGCAGAGGAAAUGAUGGAACUGCGCCCCAAAAACGCACACCUGCCUCGUGUCACUGGGGCGCAGGGGCAGAGCGCAGGGGCCCGCGCCAGCUGGCUUUACAGCCGGAGUGUGGUGCCCCCGGCCCGCGUCUCCCCCGCCACCCCCCGUCUGGCCGCCUCGCUCCUCCCGCUCUCCUUUCCCCGCGUCAGCUCCUCAACCCCUCUCUGGUCCCUCACGAGGCCGACAGACUGCACCUUGCCGUCAGCCGCUGCCCUCCAGCGUGGGGCCCCUCCUGCUGUUUCGGGCUUCUCUGA